GUAAUGAUUUCAGAAUCUAGAAUAAACCCACUUGGAUUUGCCAAGUAAUGUAUAUUACCAGUUUUAUAAUUAAUAAAAGAUUAUUCUCUACAACCACAGCAUCACACAGUCCCACUGAAAUGACGUUUCAAAGGAACUUCCAUUUAAUUAAUGCUGAGUUUUCUCAUUCCAGUUCUGAAUAUCAAACCGCUGGAAGAUUGCAGGGUAAGUUGAGAUGAGUUUCUGAAACUGUGAUUUGAAGGCUGGACACCAUACCAUACAACUUGAAACAAAAGCAUAAUGUGCAGUGUUUUUUUUUUUUUUUUUUUUUUUAAUUUUUGUCAGUGGUGUUGGUUAUUUGCAUAUAACAAAUAUAUGUUGAACAAUUUGUUUCUUUUACUUACACCAACAAUAUUUUUAUUUUUUUUAUUAUUUUUUUUUAUUUAGAGACAAUAAAAGAAAAACAUUAAAAUGAACAAAUACGCUACGGUGUUCAAUGUGAUUUCAAAGCUCAGUUGUGAUUUCAGGCCACAGGACGAUGUGUGGAAAAUCUUCUUGAGCAGAUAAAGAACAUUACAGCUGAAGUGCUCCCUUUGACUGUAAGAGAAAAAUGACACAAAUUAUUAUUAUUUGUCACUAAAUGAUACUGUAGCAAUGCUUACUUUUGUUUCAACAUUUACAAGUUAUACAAAUUAUAUAAUCACUAAAAUAGGAUGUGACCAAAAUGUUGGAUGUGGUCUUCAAUGCUUCAGAGGAGAUUUUAGUGUCAUCAUCAGCUGACCCAAAUAAACUGGUGUCAGAUGGAAACAGUGUGUUAAAAGCCAGUGAGAAACUUGUGUCCUUGCUGGUGAUGCCGACAAACACAACUGCCAAUAUCAGUUUUACUCUUGAAUCUGUGGAGGGACGAGUCUUCAUGGUUGGACCAAAUGUCACCUUAGAUAAAUUCCCUAGACUUGACACGACAAAUUCUGCUGUGGACAUUGAUCUCAUUGGGAUCGCCAAGAACAACAGUCAAAGAUCAGCUGCUGUGGCUUUCUUGAGCUACAGCACAAUGGAGAAUCUACUGAAGCCCGACUUCUUCAACACACCAAAUGACACGAUUAAAACCAUGAUGUCCACUGUGAUCUCAGUUACUCUUCACAAAACCACCAACACUAAACUCACCAAACCAGUCAACUUCACCUUCAAACACAUCAGAAAGCUUGUUUCCAACGGUUCUCUGUCCUGUGUGUACUGGAAUAUCAGCGAGUGGAUUGUAGAUGGUUGUUCUGUUUUAGAGACUAACAGCAGCUACACUGUGUGUUCCUGUGUUCAUCUGUCGACAUUCGCUCUCAUAAUGCAAACCAGCAGACCACCAGAGAACGACUCGCUGCUGGAGCUGUUGAAUUUGGUGUGUGUGAUCGUGGGGCUGGUGUUCUUCAGUUUGGCCCUGUUGACCUUUGCCUUUUGUCAGUGGAGGCCUGGAGUGAAUAAUGUGGCUCGAAUCAACAUCUGUGUGAGUCUGCUGUUGGCUCACAUUCUGUUCCUGCUCACACAACAGUUCCUGAGCUUCAUACGCCCCCUACAGGUGUUGUGUGCCGUGAUAUCAGGUGUGCUGCACUUCCUCUUUCUCUCCGGCUUUAUGUGGAUGUUCAUUGAAGCUGUGCUGCUCUUCAUCUGUGUGAAGAACAUAUCACAGAUCAGCUCCAAAAAAAAGAGGGAGGUGUUUAGCACUAGAUUCCUGUGUGCGAUUGGAUAUACGGUUCCUCUGGUUGUGGUGGCCAUGUCUGCUGCGGUGGAUCCUAAAGGCUCCGACAGCGAACACUGUUGGAUUAAAAUGGAUAAAGAUUUUAUCUGGAGUUUUCUGGGACCUGUUGCCGUCAUACUAGCAUUAAACAUGAUUCUCUUUGUCUGCAUCAUCAUCAGUCUGAACUCAAAUUUGAAAAAUCUGAACGCUGAAGUUUCACAGAUAAAACAAAAGAAGAUUAUGACAUUUAAAACAAUGUGUCAGUUUGUGGUUCUUGGUUGCUCCUGGAUUCUGGGUUUCUUCAUUAAUGGCAGUAAGGAGCUGGAGAUCAUCUUCCUGAUCUUGAACUCCCAGCAGGGAACCUUCAUCUUCCUGGUCUAUUGUGUCCUAAAUAAUGAGAUCAGACAACAGUACAGGAAUUUUUGGAGAGCUGUUCUUCCAUGCAGAAUUUUAUAA